AUGACUGCAUCAAAUAGUGACCUUAAAUCAAAAACAAUUAGCACUACCGAUGAGGAAAAUUCUACGACAAAUACAGAACCAAUAAAAAGUAAUAUGAAAACCGAGUCAUUAAAAAAUUCAGAUAAAGGUUUAGAUAGUCCAGAUGUUUACAAAACAACAAUAGAAACGACUCUAAAAAACCCAACAAAAAAAAAUGAUUUGCUAACUGAAAAUAUUGCGGAGAAAAACCAAUCAAGUGAAGAAAGUAGGUGUACGAGUAAAUAUGAAAAUGAAACUACAGAAAUGGAAACAUCAUUAGAAAAUAAAAAGGCAGAUGAGGAAAUGAUUACUUCAAGUACUGUCUCUAAAUUACAAACAGAUAAGUCAAACAAAGAAUUGGAAAAUUCAACAAAUACUGGACCAAGAAAUCGUAACAUUGAAAAAGGAUCAUUAAAAAAGAACCACCAUUCAAGUAACGACAGUAGGGAUGCAAGUAAAUCAGAAAAUAAGAGCUCAGAAAAUGAAUUAUCAUUAGCGAAUAAAAGGGCAGAUGAGGAAAUGGUUACUUCAAGUACUGUCCCUAAAUCACAAACACAUAUUUCAGAGAAAGAAGUUAGAAGUUCAACAAAUACUGGAUCAAAAACUCAAAACAUUGAAAACAGAUCAUUUAAAAGUUCGGAUAAAGCGGUAAACAAUUCUGAUCAUUACUCUAUUCCAAUAAACACGACUGAGAAAGAACUACCAAACAAUAAAGUCUUGCAAUCUGAAAAUAUUUUAGAAAACCACCAUUCAAGUAUAGACAAUAGUGAUGCAACUAAAUCAGAAAAUAAGAGCACAGAAAGUGAUUUAUCAUUAGAGAAUAAAAAGGAAGAUGAGGAAAUGGUUACUUCAAGUACUGACCCUAAAUUACAAACAAAUAUGUCAAACAAAGAAUUGGAAAAUUCAACAAAUACAGAGCCAAGAAAUCAUAACAUUGAAAACAGGUCAUUUAAAAAUUCGGAUAAAGCGGUAAACAAUUCUGAUCAUUACUCUAUUCCAAUAAACACGACUGAGAAAGAACUACCAAACAAUAAAGUCUUGCAAUCUGAAAAUAUUUUAGAAAACCACCAUUCAAGUAUAGACAAUAGUGAUGCAACUAAAUCAGAAAAUAAGAGCACAGAAAGUGAUUUAUCAUUAGAGAAUAAAAAGGAAGAUGAGGAAAUGGUUACUUCAAGUACUGACCCUAAAUUACAAACAAAUAUGUCAAACAAAGAAUUGGAAAAUUCAACAAAUACAGAGCCAAGAAAUCAUAACAUUGAAAACAGGUCAUUUAAAAGUUCGGAUAAAGCGGUAAACAAUUCUGAUCAUUACUCUAUUCCAAUAAACACGACUGAGAAAGAACUACCAAACAAUAAAGUCUUGCAAUCUGAAAAUAUUUUAGAAAACCACCAUUCAAGUAUAGACAGUAGUGAUGCAACUAAAUCAGAAAAUAAGAGCACAGAAAGUGAUUUAUCAUUAGAGAAUAAAAAGGAAGAUGAGGAAAUGGUUACUUCAAGUACUGACCCUAAAUUACAAACAAAUAUGUCAAACAAAGAAUUGGAAAAUUCAACAAAUACAGAGCCAAGAAAUCAUAACAUUGAAAACAGGUCAUUUAAAAAUUCGGAUAAAGCGGUAAACAAUUCUGAUCAUUACUCUAUUCCAAUAAACACGACUGAGAAAGACCUACCAAACAAUAAAGUCUUGCAAUCUGAAAAUAUUUUAGAAAACCACCAUUCAAGUAUAGACAAUAGUGAUGCAACUAAAUCAGAAAAUAAGAGCACAGAAAGUGAUUUAUCAUUAGAUAAUAAAAAGGGAGAUGAGGAAAUGGUUACUUCAAGUACUGUCCCUAAAUUACAAACACAUAUGUCAAACAAAGAAUUGGAAAAUUCAACAAAUACAGAGCCAAGAAAUCAUAACAUUGAAAACAGGUCAUUUAAAAGUUCGGAUAAAGCGGUAAACAAUUCUGAUCAUUACUCUAUUCCAAUAAACACGACUGAGAAAGACCUACCAAACAAUAAAGUCUUGCAAUCUGAAAAUAUUUUAGAAAACCACCAUUCAAGUAUAGACAAUAGUGAUGCAAGUAAAUCAGAAAAUAAGAGCACAGAAAGUGAUUUAUCAUUAGAUAAUAAAAAGGGAGAUGAGGAAAUGGUUACUUCAAGUACUGUCCCUAAAUUACAAACACAUAUGUCAAACAAAGAAUUGGAAAAUUCAACAAAUACAGAGCCAAGAAAUCAUAACAUUGAAAACAGGUCAUUUAAAAAUUCGGAUAAAGCGGUAAACAAUUCUGAUCAUUACUCUAUUCCAAUAAACACGACUGAGAAAGAACUACCAAACAAUAAAGUCAUGCAAUCUGAAAAUAUUUUAGAAAACCACCAUUCAAGUAUAGACAAUAGUGAUGCAACUAAAUCAGAAAAUAAGAGCACAGAAAGUGAUUUAUCAUUAGAGAAUAAAAAGGAAGAUGAGAAAAUGGUUACUUCAAGUACUGACCCUAAAUUACAAACAAAUAUGUCAAACAAAGAAUUGGAAAAUUCAACAAAUACAGAGCCAAGAAAUCAUAACAUUGAAAACAGGUCAUUUAAAAAUUCGGAUAAAGCGGUAAACAAUUCUGAUCAUUACUCUAUUCCAAUAAACACGACUGAGAAAGAACUACCAAACAAUAAAGUCGUGCAAUCUGAAAAUAUUUUAGAAAACCACCAUUCAAGUAUAGACAAUAGUGAUGCAACUAAAUCAGAAAAUAAGAGCACAGAAAGUGAUUUAUCAUUAGAGAAUAAAAAGGAAGAUGAGAAAAUGGUUACUUCAAGUACUGACCCUAAAUUACAAACAAAUAUGUCAAACAAAGAAUUGGAAAAUUCAACAAAUACAGAGCCAAGAAAUCAUAACAUUGAAAACAGGUCAUUUAAAAAUUCGGAUAAAGCGGUAAACAAUUCUGAUCAUUACUCUAUUCCAAUAAACACGACUGAGAAAGAACUACCAAACAAUAAAGUCAUGCAAUCUGAAAAUAUUUUAGAAAACCACCAUUCAAGUAUAGACAGUAGUGAUGCAACUAAAUCAGAAAAUAAGAGCACAGAAAGUGAUUUAUCAUUAGAGAAUAAAAAGGAAGAUGAGGAAAUGGUUACUUCAAGUACUGUCCCUAAAUCACAAACACAUAUUUCAGACAAAGAAUUGGAAAAUACAACAAAUACAGAUCCAAAACUCAUAACAUUGAAAACAGAAAACCACCAUUCAAGUAUAGACAAUAGUGAUGCAACUAAAUCAGAAAAUAAGAGCACAGAAAGUGAUUUAUCAUUAGAGAAUAAAAAGGAAGAUGAGAAAAUGGUUACUUCAAGUACUGACCCUAAAUUACAAACAAAUAUGUCAAACAAAGAAUUGGAAAAUUCAACAAAUACAGAGCCAAGAAAUCAUAACAUUGAAAACAGGUCAUUUAAAAAUUCGGAUAAAGCGGUAAACAAUUCUGAUCAUUACUCUAUUCCAAUAAACACGACUGAGAAAGACCUACCAAACAAUAAAGUCGUGCAAUCUGAAAAUAUUUUAGAAAACCACCAUUCAAGUAUAGACAAUAGUGAUGCAACUAAAUCAGAAAAUAAGAGCACAGAAAGUGAUUUAUCAUUAGAGAAUAAAAAGGAAGAUGAGGAAAUGGUUACUUCAAGUACUGACCCUAAAUUACAAACAAAUAUGUCAAACAAAGAAUUGGAAAAUUCAACAAAUACAGAGCCAAGAAAUCAUAACAUUGAAAACAGGUCAUUUAAAAGUUCGGAUAAAGCGGUAAACAAUUCUGAUCAUUACUCUAUUCCAAUAAACACGACUGAGAAAGAACUACCAAACAAUAAAGUCAUGCAAUCUGAAAAUAUUUUAGAAAACCACCAUUCAAGUAUAGACAGUAGUGAUGCAACUAAAUCAGAAAAUAUGAGCACAGAAAGUGAUUUAUCAUUAGAGAAUAAAAAGGAAGAUGAGGAAAUGGUUACUUCAAGUACUGUCCCUAAAUCACAAACACAUAUUUCAAACAAAGAAUUGGAAAAUUCAACAAAUACAGAGCCAAGAAAUCAUAACAUUGAAAACAGGUCAUUUAAAAGUUCGGAUAAAGCGGUAAACAAUUCUGAUCAUUACUCUAUUCCAAUAAACACGACUGAGAAAGAACUACCAAACAAUAAAGUCUUGCAAUCUGAAAAUAUUUUAGAAAACCACCAUUCAAGUAUAGACAAUAGUGAUGCAACUAAAUCAGAAAAUAAGAGCACAGAAAGUGAUUUAUCAUUAGAGAAUAAAAAGGAAGAUGAGAAAAUGGUUACUUCAAGUACUGACCCUAAAUUACAAACAAAUAUGUCAAACAAAGAAUUGGAAAAUUCAACAAAUACAGAGCCAAGAAAUCAUAACAUUGAAAACAGGUCAUUUAAAAAUUCGGAUAAAGCGGUAAACAAUUCUGAUCAUUACUCUAUUCCAAUAAACACGACUGAGAAAGACCUACCAAACAAUAAAGUCUUGCAAUCUGAAAAUAUUUUAGAAAACCACCAUUCAAGUAUAGACAAUAGUGAUGCAACUAAAUCAGAAAAUAAGAGCACAGAAAGUGAACUAUCAUUAGAGAAUGUAAAGGAAGAUGAGGAAAUGGUUACUUCAAGUACUGACCCUAAAUUACAAACAAAUAUGUCAAACAAAGAAUUGGAAAAUUCAACAAAUACAGAGCCAAGAAAUCAUAACAUUGAAAACAGGUCAUUUAAAAGUUCGGAUAAAGCGGUAAACAAUUCUGAUCAUUACUCUAUUCCAAUAAACACGACUGAGAAAGAACUACCAAACAAUAAAGUCAUGCAAUCUGAAAAUAUUUUAGAAAACCACCAUUCAAGUAUAGACAGUAGUGAUGCAACUAAAUCAGAAAAUAAGAGCACAGAAAGUGAUUUAUCAUUAGAGAAUAAAAAGGAAGAUGAGGAAAUGGUUACUUCAAGUACUGUCCCUAAAUCACAAACACAUAUUUCAGAGAAAGAAGUUAGAAAUUCAACAAAUACAGAUCCAAAAACUCAAAACAUUGAAAACAGGUCAUUUAAAAGUUCGGAUAAAGCGGUAAACAAUUCUGAUCAUUACUCUAUUCCAAUAAACACGACUGAGAAAGAACUACCAAACAAUAAAGUCUUGCAAUCUGAAAAUAUUUUAGAAAACCACCAUUCAAGUAUAGACAAUAGUGAUGCAACUAAAUCAGAAAAUAAGAGCACAGAAAGUGAUUUAUCAUUAGAGAAUAAAAAGGAAGAUGAGAAAAUGGUUACUUCAAGUACUGACCCUAAAUUACAAACAAAUAUGUCAAACAAAGAAUUGGAAAAUUCAACAAAUACAGAGCCAAGAAAUCAUAACAUUGAAAACAGGUCAUUUAAAAAUUCGGAUAAAGCGGUAAACAAUUCUGAUCAUUACUCUAUUCCAAUAAACACGACUGAGAAAGACCUACCAAACAAUAAAGUCAUGCAAUCUGAAAAUAUUUUAGAAAACCACCAUUCAAGUAUAGACAAUAGUGAUGCAACUAAAUCAGAAAAUAAGAGCACAGAAAAGCCAAGAAAUCAUAACAUUGAAAACAGGUCAUUUAAAAGUUCGGAUAAAGCGGUAAACAAUUCUGAUCAUUACUCUAUUCCAAUAAACACGACUGAGAAAGAACUACCAAACAAUAAAGUCAUGCAAUCUGAAAAUAUUUUAGAAAACCACCAUUCAAGUAUAGACAGUAGUGAUGCAACUAAAUCUGAAAAUAUGAGCACAGAAAGUGAUUUAUCAUUAGAGAAUAAAAAGGAAGAUGAGGAAAUGGUUACUUCAAGUACUGUCCCUAAACCACAAACACAUAUUUCAGAGAAAGAAGUUAGGAGUACAUCAAAUACUGGAUCAAAAACUCAAAACAUUGAAAACAGAUCAUUUAAAAGUUCGGAUAAAGCGGUAAACAAUUCUGAUCAUUACUCUAUUCCAAUAAGCACGAUUGAGAAAGAACUACUAAUCAAUAAAGUCAUGCAAUCUGAAAAUAUUUUAGAAAACCACCAUUCAAGUAUAGACAAUAGUGAUGCAACUAAAUCAGAAAAUAAGAGCACAGAAAGUGAUUUAUCAUUAGAGAAUAAAAAGGAAGAUGAGAAAAUGGUUACUUCAAGUACUGACCCUAAAUUACAAACAAAUAUGUCAAACAAAGAAUUGGAAAAUCCAACAAAUACAGAGCCAAGAAAUCAUAACAUUGAAAACAGGUCAUUUAAAAAUUCGGAUAAAGCGGUAAAAAAUUCUGAUCAUUACUCUAUUCCAAUAAACACGACUGAGAAAGAACUACCAAACAAUAAAGUCUUACAAUCUGAAAAUAUUGAACAAAACAACCAAUCAAGUGUUGACAAUAGGGAUGCAAAUAAUGAAACAAAUACUACGCUUACUGACAUUGAUUCCCCAAAAAUCAGUUCAGAAGAAGAAAAUCUCUCUAGCAUUACACCACAGCACGAGCAGCAACCAGAAAAUUUAGAUCGUACAUUAGUUCUUUACCAAGAUAGACCAAAUCAAUUUCUUGCACCUAUGAAGACUGUUGAUAAAGAUUUACCAAGGCAUACGGGCUUGCACUCUAAUAAUAUUGACAAUAUUGUAGAUCCAGUACCUCUGAGCAAAGAUUUAAGCGAACAUGAAAAUGAAACCAAGAAAAGAAGUUUAUUAUUUGAAAAUAAUAAUAUAGAUAAUGAAACAAAUACUACGCUUACUGACAUUGAUUCCCCAAAAAUCAGUUCAGAAGAAGAAAAUCUCUCUACCAUUACACCACAGCACGAGCAGCACCCAGAAAAUUUAGAUCGUACAUUAGUUCUUUACCAAGAUAGACCAAAUCAAUUUCUUGCACCUAUGAAGACUGUUGAUAAAGAUUUGCCAAGCCUUACGGGUUCGCUCUCUAAAAAUAUUAACAAUAAUGUUAACAAAGAAGAUAAACUAUCGACAAAUUCACCACAGCACGCAGAAAAUUUAGAUCGUACAUUAGUUCUUUACCAAGAUAGACCAAAUCAAUUUCUUGCACCUAUGAAGACUGUUGAUAAAGAUUUACCAAGGCAUACGGGCUUGCACUCUAAUAAUAUUGACAAUAUUGUAGAUCCAGUACCUCUGAGUAAAGAUUUAAGCGAACAUGAAAAUGAAACCAAGAAAAGAAGUUUAUUAUUUGAAAAUAAUAAUAUAGAUAAUGAAACAAAUACUACGCUUACUGACAUUGAUUCCCCAAAAAUCAGUUCAGAAGAAGAAAAUCUCUCUACCAUUACACCACAGCACGAGCAGCACCCAGAAAAUUUAGAUCGUACAUUAGUUCUUUACCAAGAUAGACCAAAUCAAUUUCUUGCACCUAUGAAGACUGUUGAUAAAGAUUUACCAAGGCAUACGGGCUUGCACUCUAAUAAUAUUGACAAUAUUGUAGAUCCAGUACCUCUGAGUAAAGAUUUAAGCGAACAUGAAAAUGAAACCAAGAAAAGAAGUUUAUUAUUUGAAAAUAAUAAUAUAGAUAAUGAAACAAAUACUACGCUUACUGACAUUGAUUCCCCAAAAAACAGUUCAGAAGAAGAAAAUCUCUCUACCAUUACACCACAGCACGAGCAGCACGCAGAAAAUUUAGAUCGUACAUUAGUUCUUUACCAAGAUAGACCAAAUCAAUUUCUUGCACCUAUGAAGACUGUUGAUAAAGAUUUGCCAAGCCUUACGGGUUCGCUCUCUAAAAAUAUUAACAAUAAUGUUAACAAAGAAGAUAAACUAUCGACAAAUUCACCACAGCACGCAGAAAAUUUAGAUCGUACAUUAGUUCUUUACCAAGAUAGACCAAAUCAAUUUCUUGCACCUAUGAAGACUGUUGAUAAAGAUUUACCAAGGCAUACGGGCUUGCACUCUAAUAAUAUUGACAGUAUUGUAGAUCCAGUACCUCUGAGCAAAGAUUUAAGCGAACAUGAAAAUGAAACCAAGAAAAGAAGUUUAUUAUUUGAAAAUAAUAAUAUAGAUAAUGAAACAAAUACUACGCUUACUGACAUUGAUUCCCCAAAAAUCAGUUCAGAAGAAGAAAAUCUCUCUACCAUUACACCACAGCACGAGCAGCACCCAGAAAAUUUAGAUCGUACAUUAGUUCUUUACCAAGAUAGACCAAAUCAAUUUCUUGCACCUAUGAAGACUGUUGAUAAAGAUUUACCAAGGCAUACGGGCUUGGAUUCUAAAAAUAUUAGCAAUAAUGUAGAUCCAGUACCUGAACCAGAAACAUCGAAAUUGGCAAUAGAUAUUCCAAAAGAAUCAAAUCUACCAAAAGUCGUGGAUCAUAUUCUAGAUCAAUUGACAAAUAAAUCAGAGACCAAUCCUAGAGAUACAUACAUCCCCUUAAGUCCACAUACAUUACACACGAUCCCUGAUAAGCAGAAAGUUGGACGAACCUCGUUUGGGUCGUACAGCGAUAAAUUAAUUGAAGGUAUUCCCUCAUAUAUUUAUAGGUCUAGCAAAGCUCCUAAAAUGACAACAGCGUCAACAGAAAAAAUUGAAAAUCAAAAUCAAAAUCAAGGAAUUUUAAAACCCGAAAAUAUAAAUUUGGACAUCAAUAUAAAAGAGAGAAAAAGCGGCGCUGUACAAUUUGCCGAUCCAGUAACGAAUGUAAUAGAAACGAAAGAGGAACAAAAUGAUAAAGAAAAUAAACUCCAGAAAAUGAAACCCUGUUUAAUUACAGGCAAAGCUCAAAAGGAUAACAAUGAAAGAUCACCAAAUGUGAAAAGUAUGUCAAAUAACAAAAAUUCCGAUAUCCCCAAAGUAGACCAGCCAACCAUCUUAGACGGCCUCUACUCAAAGUAUCGAAGAAAAUUUAGUCGAAAACCAAGAUCUAUAGUCGCAGAAUACCAUGCAGACGCUCCUUUAAUUAAUGGAAGGGAAAAUAAAGACAAUUUAGAAAAAAUGAAUUUGGAAAAAUCUAAAAUAUCCGACGCGGAAAAACAACCAAAACUAAUUGAUGGACCAAAAGAAAUCCAAACAUCGCUAGGCGAGUCUGGUAGUGCACAGGAACAGUUGAAACCUACAGAAAAAAUACACAAAUCAUCGGCAAGUGAAAAAAUAAAAUCAUACUUGAAGCCUUUCGUUGACGGAAACGAUAGUUUCUCAAAAAGUCUUAGUUACUUGGAAAGCCUUCAAAAUACGUUUAAACUACAUGGUUGA